AUGGAAAUAUGUGGGUAAUUCUGUAAACUACACCCUCAAGAAAGGUUAACAACUGCACAUAUUAAUUUACAAGUUAAAAGAAGAUACAAGUUUGCUUAGGAGUACAAAAGAUUUAAUAGAUUUGUUUAAGAUCCACACAUUGAAAUCACUAAGGACAUCACCAAGUAAAUGUGGGGUAUGUCCAAAGAGCUUGGAAAACUAUUAUUAAUGGUUGCCAAAAAAUAUGGGUUUGUUAGAAAUAUAAAAGGUUAAUAAUCUUUUUCUUUAGAUUCAAUCAAAAAAAGAAACUUUCCAGAUUAAUAGUUCAGGAACGAAGAACAAAAUGCAUAAUGA